AUGGUGCCUUUGCCUGAUAUAGUAGAUAUGAAUAAUGGAUCAAUAAAGAGUGGAUUUAGUGAUGAUGCCAUUCCAUCUACUUCUACUUCAUUUGCAACUGAUGAUUACAUCAGACGAGCUGCUGAAUCUGUGGGAAUGGGUUCUCUGAAUCCGAAUGCUAUAACUGCGACUUCUAAUAAUGUGAUGUAUGUAUUGAGGCACAUCAUUAGCAAUAGUGUCAAGUUUGCUAAUCAUGCUAGGAGGAAAAGAGUAUUGGCUGAAGACAUAGAUGCCGCCAUGCAAAUUGAUCGAAGACCGCCUCAAUUCGGGUUCAAAACUCGUGAACAUCUGCCUAUCAGAUUGGUCGGCUCAGGUGGCAGAGAAGUUUUUGUUGAUGAGGAUAAAGAAGUGGAGUUAGCUCCUAUAUAUACAGCACCUCCUCCUAAGAUAUACUCUCAUGCCACAAUACGUGCGCAUUGGCUAGCUAUUGAUGGGGAGCAACCUGCGGUACCGGAGAAUCCUGUUCCGAUUGAUAAACCGUCAGAAGGAAAUGAUAGAGAUGCACAAACUGAAGAGCAGACUCAAGAUGACUCUUCGCGACUAUUGCUAAUGAAAGGGUCCAAGAAAUCUGAGCAUGUAAACAUCAGAACUACAGCUACUCAUGUUCUAUCUCUAGAGCAACAAGUCUUCUUCAAAGAAAUCACAGAAGCAAUCAUGGGUACGGAUGACUUAAAAAGAACAGAAGCGCUACAUUCUUUGAAAACAGAUGCAGGGCUGCAACCGCUGAUUGGCCGUUUCUCCAUCACUGUCACUGAAGGCGUGAAAUGCAAUAUAGUUCAACAUAAUUUAGCAUUCCUUAUUUACUUAAUGCGGUUAGUACAAAGCUUAUGUGCCAACCCUCAUGUUAGUUUAGAAAAAUAUUUACACGAGUUAUUGCCUUCCAUUUUAUCCUGUGUUCUAAGUAGGCAGUUAUGCUCUCGUCCUGAUUCCGAAAACCAUUGGGCUCUCCGAGAGUUUGCAAGCCGUUUACUAGCUGAUCUCUGCAGAAAAUAUCAUACCCUCGAAUUGCAAUCUCGUAUUACGAAGGUUUUGACUAAAGUCUGGGCUAAUGAAAAUUCCUCUAUUGCUACACUAUAUGGAUCUCUCUUUGCUCUAAAUGAACUAGGAACUGAGACAAUAAGAGCAGUCGUUGUGCCUAGAACUUCUUUACUUUAUGAACGCUUGCGAGUUUGCGUGAACGAUCGCACUAAUUUGAACGAUAAAAUAGCUGCUGAACGGUUUAUGUCAUUCAUGACGAAAGUCCUAAUUAAUUACGUGCGAACCCAGAGACCGACAUCCCUCAGAGAAUUCAGCGACUAUGCUAAUAUGUUUGGCGGCUUCGCUGAUUCUGUUUAUCGAGUCGUGGCCACUGACGUUCCCUCUUCGACCCGCUUAGGAGCGACGCCCAUCCGUGCCAAACAUAUUACCGCACCUCCAGCAGCUCAGUCCUCACCUCGCAUAUCAUCACAGUUAAGUACUCCCCCUGUUUCACAGCAACGAAUGGUUCAGCGAUCUGUUCAUAUGAACCAAACGACGCCACAACAACGUCAAACUACCGCUGCUAUGACACCAAACAGCCAACAACAGGUCCGGUACAAUUCCACAUCUCACAUGAUUCGUCGUCCUGGUUAUUCUGGUAAUCAAGCUCCACAGCCCCCCAGUGGGCAAUAA